CAGUGGCAAACACUUAGCUCAGUAGCAGACGACAAAAGUCAGUUGACAAUAAGAAAAGUGACUCUGUAUAUUCUUCUAUGAAAUCCUGCUGCGGAUAAUUUUCUAAAACGGAAAUGGCGGAAAAGCGUGUAUCUUGCUCAGAGAAAAAGGAAAGCAAGAAUAAUUUCCUGCGUCAAUUUCGUGACAAGGAAACACGGGAGUUCAAAAAGAUAUCUGCGAGUCAGUUUAUGGACGUUUGGAAUCAUUAUGACUCGGAUGGUAAUGGUUACAUAGAGGACAGUGAGCUUGAUGGCUUCCUGAAGGAGUUGGUGACAAGUGUGAUCACAUCAGAUGUCGGACCAGAUGCCAUAUCUGAUUCUGCCUUGAGGGAUACGAAGAAGCUUGUGCUCAAUGCUUUUGAUGAAAACAACGACGGUCGUAUAGAUAUUGCAGAGCUUGCUCAGAUACUCCCAAUGGAACAGAACUUCCUUCUGUUGUUCAGGCGAGACCAUCCCUUAGAUUCCAGUGUUGAGUUCAUGAAGAUAUGGCGAGCGUAUGACAGUGACCACAGCGGAUAUAUCGAAGCAGAUGAACUGAAGAAUUUCUUGCAUGACCUCCUUAAGCGUUCUAAGAAAGAUUCCGAGGUGUCAGAGGAACAGCUCAUUAUCUAUGCUGACACAAUGCUCCAGUUGUUUGACAGAAAUCGAGACGGGAAACUUCAGCUCAGUGAAAUGGCAAAAUUGCUUCCGGUGAAAGAAAAUUUCCUUUGUCGGCCGAUUUUCAAGGUUGGUUCGAGAAAAAAAGGUGGUUGGUAUGAGGGUUGCAGCAGAUUGUCAACAGAUGACAUAGACAGGGUCUUCAAUUUAUAUGAUGUGGAUAGAAAUGGUUACAUUGAAAACGAAGAACUACAUGGGUUUCUGAAAGACUUAAUGGAACUCGUCGAAGAUGAUUACGAUGCCGAUGAUCUGUUAGUCUGUCAGAAAAUCCUCUUGGACAAAUGUGACCUCAACCAUGACGGGAAGAUUAACAAGGAAGAACUUACAAUGGUCCUUACCUCGUGCAACAAGAAUAACACGGGCGAUGACCCUACACUUCCAUAAAUGACAGUGUGAACAUUUCCCUUUGUUUUAUACGAAUGGUUUGAAUUAUUUUGGAAUUCAGUGGUGUUUACAUACUUAUCUUUAUAUUGGAAGGAUGUUUAUCAAUUAUUUAUGUAUAUUUGUAAGAUAUAUGUAUAGUUAUUUAAUUUUAAUGUAUAUUGCCAUUUCAAAAUUACUGGCUUGUAAUUUCAGCGUCUUUGUGGCCACUUAACCUGAUCGUUAUUGUUCAUCUUAUCUAGCCGGUGCAUUAUUACAUACCUCUUUACGAGACUAUAAAAGUAAGAAAAAAGGACUACGAAAAACACAAUCUAACAUAUACGGAAUAUACAGACUCUGUCACAUAACAACGCACAAAUCACAGAAUGAAACAAAAUCGUUUGUUUGCAUGAAAGCUUAUUUAUAGUUGACAUGUAAUCAAUAAGGGCGGCUCCUCAAAAGAUUGUCAGUAAUGGUAGUGGAACUAUAGUUCAAGAUACAGAAGACGCUCUAAUUCCAAAGGCUUACCUGGUUCAUUAGCGUGACAGGUGUCAAGCACCCUUACACGGGACUCUUAUCCACGUGUUAGUAAAUUUUAGUCGGAGGAGUUGGAGUUGUAGGGGGUUGAACUCGAGACCCCUAGUUUCUUAAUCAGACAGGGUCACAAUUGGAUCACUGCGUCCGCUCCAACAAGAAACAAAAUCAAGAGUGAUACCAUCUUUUAUAAGGUUUGCAGCCAAACGCUAGAGAAGGGUAAUAUCGAUUUGGCGGGUACAAAACAACCUCACUAUUGUCCCCUGGGAAAGUUGAAACUUUUAAACGAACUACAAAUAUGAACAAAGUAGUCCAAUGAUUCAAAGACCGCCAGUUUUCCACACAGACUGAUACAGCUUGUCAAAUCUGUAUACAAACUAAUUCAUCUUGGGCUGAAGUGUGUUAAUUAAAAAUUAUAUUUGAAUUUCUUCCCUUAUUGAUAUGUAACUGGCGGUUGUAUUCCUAUUUCGAAUAAAGCCUGAAGGUUUACUGGUCACUAAAUCUUGCUUGUAUAUACAUAUAUUAACAACAACUUCUAUCUUCUUCGCUUUAUGAUUGGUGCUGUGUCUGGUGCCUACAGAGAUAUCAGUUGUGUGUAACUACAGAUCUGCAUCGUUUCGACGCUCAAAAAAUGUGUAUAUAUACCUAACACUUGUAUACUUACCGAACAGCAAUUCGAGAAACAUAAUUAUUUUUUAAAGACGCCUUUGAUGGUGAUCUACAAACGCUUGUAGUCUAACAUGCUCAUUGAGUUUUGUGCAACAUAAUCAGCAUUAUUAUAUGUAUGUAUGUAUGUAUGUUCCGCAAAGUUUGUGUUUUUCUGUAAAUUGUAUAGCAUAUAAUAGUGUUAGUCAUUACAAAAAAGGGUGACACAUAUUUUACGCAAGACUGUGUGGUAACAGAGACCAUCAAUUAAAUCGUUGUAUUAUUUCUAUUUUUGUAUAUAUCUGGUAUUGUUUUAAGCGAUUCCGCUUAUUUAAUGUAAUUUUUGUUUUAUCAGUCAUAAACUUUAAUCAGCAUGGAACAAGUAGCAUCAGUAAGUAUGUUGGAGUUGCGAUCAUGAAUGCAUGAAAUUUCACAUCGCAUGUAACAAGAAAGAUGUGGGGUUUUGUUUUUUAUAAAUCUUAAAACUGAUAGGUAUGUUAAAAGGUAAAAUCAAAAUAAAAUCUAUUAAUUCAA